UGAGCGUGCGAGAAAUGCUGACGAUUGGCGCACACCGUUUCCUGAUAGCAGACUUGACGCACUUGCACUGCACAGUAUGAAGGAUGCUUGAUUUGUGGUCGUUGCUGGGGAAUUCAGUGAUGGUAGCUCUCGUGAAGAUAGACCACUGUUUGUCUUACCAGCAGGUAGCGCUGCCUCGCGCACACUGACCCGAAGAGGGGAAAAAAGUUUGAGUGUUGCUCUGAGAUUUAACGCUUGCGCAGAACAGGUUGCCUGGCCAGUUCCUCUGGUUGACUUACCUGAGAGGUACAUCAGUUUCGGCCAAUAACAGAAAGGAACUAACGCGCCGUCAUUCCGGCGAACGCGAGAAGUUCAGUUAAAGCGCAAUUAUUUUUUUAUUCGACCGAGUUAAAGGACCGGAGUAUCAUCUCUUAUUUUUGCCAGCUGCACUCGUGUUUUCUAGCCCAUACGCCACGAGGAAACGGAGCUCGUGACAGGUCGCCGUAUCCCGACUUGUCCUCACUGCAUUGAACGGCUCAGUCCGGUAGAAGCCGCCUUUCUUCGUCGCGGAAAGCCAGGGAAACGGCUAGAUGCCUUCCUCUUGAUCGGUCCGGUAUCGGUGCCGUUUUUCCUGGUUGAUUAAUUUUGCUGUCUCGCGGGGAAAGAUGAUGGGCUUUCUGCGCAGGACGUUUAGCCGUCGGUCAAAACGACGCUUUCGGACGUCAGAGGAGCUGGAUGGGACCGUCAGAGGCGGAAACGCAGUGCUUCAGGCGCACCAGCAGCAGGUGAUUCACGCGCCGAUCGUGGUGACCGGUGGAGCCGUGGUCCACAUCCCCGCGGCGGGCAACAGCAAAGACGCCAUCACAUGCAGAGUCUUGCUGCUGGACGGAUCAGAUGUCAGUGUGGAGUUACCGAAACACUCAAAGGGACAGGAUCUGUUUGAUCAGAUUAUGUAUCAUUUGGAUCUGGUGGAGGCUGAUUACUUUGGUCUGCAGUUCAUGGACCCAGAGCAGGUUGCGCAAUGGUUGGAUGCAGCCAAGCCCAUAAAAAAGCAGAUUAGACAUGGACCUCAAUACAGAUUGUUUUUCAGGGUUAAAUUCUAUUCUUCAGAGCCCAAUAACCUCCACGAAGAGUUCACCAGGUAUCUCUUCGUACUGCAGCUUAGACAAGACAUACUGUCCGGCAAGUUAAAAUGUCCAUAUGAUGUGGCUGUGGAGCUCGGGGCUUAUUGCUUACAAAGUGAACUUGGGGAUUGUGAUCCAUUAGAACACUCUAUAGCUUUGGUAUCAGAGUUUCGCUUUUCACCCAAACAGACGGAGAUAAUGGAGGCAGACAUCUACCGCAAAUGGGUUGAGUGCAGGGGAAUGAGUCCUUCUCAAGCUGAGCUGAAUUUCCUGAAUAAGUGCAAGUGGCUGGAGAUGUAUGGAGUAGACAUGCACUUUGUAAAGGGACGGGAUGGAGGAGAAUAUGCUCUGGGACUCACACCAACCGGAAUCCUUGUUUUUGAGGGAUCCAGUAAAAUUGGUCUCUUCUUUUGGCCUAAAAUAACCCGUCUUGACUUCAGGAAGAACCGACUGACAUUAGUAGUUGUGGAGGAUGAUGAGAAGGGCCGAGAGCAGGAGCACACAUUUGUGUUUCAGCUUUCGAGUUCUUGGGAGUGUAAGCACUUAUGGAAGUGUGCAGUCGAGAGUCACGCCUUCUUCCGGCUCAGACAGCCAACCCACAACAACAGAAGCCGCAGUGACUUCACACGCCUCGGCUCACGGUUCAGAUUCAGUGGAAGGACUGAAUAUCAGGCCACACGUAGUGGUAAAGUCAGGAGAGCAAGCACUUUUGAGAGAAGACCAAGUAAAAGAUAUCCAUCACGAGCCCAGUCUAUGGUCAAGACCAUAACUCCAGCAAAACAUCCACAUUUAAGUGCACAGACCAGCCCCGAGCCAAGCUUAUCACCGUAUAAGCACAACAUUCCAACUGGACAGGAUCCCUGGCAAAGAUCACAUCUGCCUAGUCUAACCCCUCCCCUAUACGUACAGCCUAUGGAACUGGGACAUGUUCCGCCACCACACAGUUUCCCUUUGAGCACUGCAGACACCCGGAGGUUUAGUGUGGAAGAGAACGAAGCUCCUCUUUCUGGAAAGAUCUAUCGCUGCUACCAUCGGCAUGGAUACGAAAAACAGGAAGCAUUGUGCCUCACAACAGUUAAACCUAAAGCUUGGGUCAUGCCUCCUGGGCUCCCGGAUGAGUUGGAUCGAGCUCUACAGAACCAGCUAGAAGCAGAACCUGCAGCCUGGCCAGCCCUCCACAUCAAUAUAGACAUGGCAGAAGAAAAACCACUUUCCGAGAAAAGUCUUCCUUCCUCCCCUGCGGUUUUACAGGAACAGCUCAAAAGCAACAUUUCAAAACGCACCACCCAAAGUGAUAGUGGAACCUCAAAGGGGAACUCUUCAAGUGGAGACCAAACUGACAGGUAUCCCAGCUCCUCACAGGAUUCAGGCUCAAGUAGUCUGAACAUAGAGAAGCCCAGAGUGGAUCGGCGCAAACGCCUCGUCAGACAGUUUAGCUUUAACCAUAGUGAUGAAGAUGACCUCCCUGAGGCACUUGCAGCCAUAUCCUCCCAGUGCAGUAUGGGAAAAUCCUCCUCAAACAGCUCCUUGGACAAACAAGUCCAACCACCCAUAUACCCACCGCAGAAGGAUACGUCACGAUUAGAGCGUGACAACUCUCCACCGUUCUUUCCAAGUCCUGUACCUCACCUGCUGCCGUAUGCUACACAUACAGAAAGCUCUGAAGACCUGCGGAUGGAGAGAGAGAAACUGCUGAGGGCUCUGUUAAUGACAGAACUCUGAGACAACAUGCAGCUGACAGACCACAAAACCUACACAGACAAAACAGCCCUUAACUCAAUGCACUACUUUUACUGUUAACCAGUAUAUGAACCUAAACAAACCUCUAAACUAUAAGAGCUGUUUUAGCAUUUAGCAUUAACAUAGCAUUGUUUAAAUCAGUAACAGCAAAAUUUCUGUUUGUUUGCUUGCUCUGUUCAUAGCAUGGCACUGGCGCUGUAUAAACAGGCUGAUUAACUUUUAAUAAUUCUUUAUACUUAUUUUUCCCAAUGCUUGAUAAUCUGUCUAUGGUUUCCUGAGGUUUAGGGGGCAGAGUUCAUUUAAACGAGCCAGGCUUUGCUUAAAGCUCUCAGUUUAUAGAACAACUAUAUUUGAUUAUGUUCGGAAUAGAAUACUACUAUACUACUCAUACUAUUUCUGUAGUAUGCAGUAUGAAUACUGUGCACAGUAUGCAAAAUACCAGUUUGACCUUUCACAUUUGCCAAAAUGUAUGGUAUACAGCACAACACACUGCCAGGGAGACUAUAUCCCACAAUGCAAUGUGUUCAGACACCUAUUUCAAAUGUGACUUGUGCACUUGAACAUCUGUAUUUAUUCACUAUUGGUUUUUGUUUUUUAAACAUCUUUAAAAUUGGAUAAAAAUUCAUUUUUAUUUCUGAAGUUAUUAGCACCACUUGACCUGAAAGCAUAAUGGGGUCACGAAUGUAUUUAGCAUACUACUGUUUAAAAAGGUGUAUAUUGUACUGCAUAAUAUACUAUUUUUAGACAGUAUAGCCUAUAUAGUGUGUAUUGCGCAGUAUGAAAGUAAAUAUGCUAUUCUUAACAUGUGCGUAACUGUCUUGCAAAGUUAAAGGUUUCUAAUAUAUAUUUUGUGAAAGAUUUUACUGCUAUCUCUAUAUACAUUGUCAUAUGAAGCUGCAGUUUUAUACAACAACCUCCUUUAUCUCUCUUGUAAUAUAAAAACAAAGACAUUUCCGGUAGUGCGUUGGAAAGAGAUUAUGUUUUAAUGCUUACAUUGCCCACUAGAGGGCAUUAAAUAUGCAUUUCAGAAUUUCUUUUGAGAGG